GUGCAAUCGUGGAUUUAAAAUAGAUUAGAUUUUCCCUUUUGGAUGGUGUGAUAAAGAGCAAGAGGGGCGCACUGCUUAGUACAAAGUGCUUUGAUGUUGUCAUUGUGGAAUUUUAAAUUGAAGAUUAAAAAAUCUGAUCUAAACAUGAAUGAAAAGAAAAAUUCCUGGGCAAAGAGAUUAGACUGUACAAAUGACAUGUAUUCCUCCAAGAAACUUUGGACAGCAGAUUUUGAUUUAAUAUCUGAUUGGGACAACAUACAGAGACAUUUCCAGUCAUGAGAAGAGAAGGCCCUGGAGAAUGGGGAGGUACUCUGUGAAAGGGAGAGUAAGAUGGCAGCUGGGAAACUGAUUGGAAAGAAAUCACUUGAGCAAUAGAUGGCAAAUGUACUAACAAAAGAAGGCAGAUUCAGACCAGGAUGUAGCACUCAAACUUGCCCAGGAACGAGCUGAAAUAGUUGCUAAAUAUGACAGAGGGCGAGAAGGUGCAGAGAUCGAACCUUGGGAAGAUGCUGAUUACCUUAUUUACAAAGUCACGGAUAGAUUUGGCUUUUUACAGCAGUGAGCUAGAUUUGAUCCAUGGGCUGUAGUUUUGCUGACCUAAGGGAAUACUCUACUCACCCAGAUUUUGGUCCUUUUUUUUCCUACUUGAAGGAUAUUUAAGUGGCAGGGUAGAGAUGUAUGUGCGCAUGCAGUGAGGAGGAGCUCCCGUAUCAUAAUGCAGUGGUGGAACGGUUUCAUAGGAGAAUUUACAAAGGGAUCCCCCUCCAGCUCCGAGGUGAGGUCUGGGCUCUGCUUCUUGAGAUCCCUAAGAUGAAAGAGGAUACAAAGGCUCUUUAUAAUGAGGUUGGAUACUGUCAGGGGAUGAGCCAGAUCACAGCUUUACUCCUUAUGUAUAUGAAUGAAGAAGAUGCCUUCUGGGCCCUGGUCAAACUCUUCUCAGGCCCCAAACAUGCCAUGCAUGGCUUUUUUGUCCAUGGUUUUCCUAAACUCUUGAGGUUUCAAGAACAUCAUGAAAAAAUACUGAAUAAAUUUCUGUCCAAGCUUAAGCAACACUUGGAUUCUCAAGAAAUCUACACAAGUUUUUACACUAUGAAAUUUUUUUUUCAAUGUUUCCUUGAUCUUACUCCCUUUACGCUAAACCUCAGAAUAUGGGAUAUCUACAUCUUUGAAGGAGAACGAGUUCUUACUGCUAUGUCUUACACAAUCUUAAAAUUACACAAAAAACAUUUAAUGAAAUUGUCUAUGGAAGAACUUGUAGACUUUCUUCAGGAGACCUUGGCAAAGGACUUUUUCUUUGAGGAUGACUUUGUAAUAGAGCAACUUCAGAUUUCUAUGGCAGAACUAAAGCGGGCAAAAUUAGACCUUCCAGAACCUGGUAAAGAUGAUGAAUUUCCGAAGAAACCUUUGGGACAGCUUCCACCUGAAUCUCAGUCUGCUGCCAUUAGUCAUCUGAGCAAUGGACAGAGUGUUGGCAGGUCAAGUCCCCAUAAGAACAGAAGAGAGAGUGACUCGUCGCCUCACAGAAAACCAGAGCAUUCCCCUCACCAUCAGAGCAGACUCGGUACCCCAGAAAGAGUGAGGCAGCCAAGGCGGAAAUCAGUGGAUGAGGAUAGUAAAAAGCUUAAAGAUGAGGCAGAUUUUCAAAGAAAACUUGUAUCAGGUCCACAGGAUAAUGCCAGGCAGUAUGAUCAUGCAGCUGCUAACCAAAAUAGCAAUGCUAUUUCAAAUAUCAGGAAGGAAUUUAUGCCCAAAUGGAAUAAACCAUCAGAUGUGUCAGCUAUUGAAAAAACUGCCAAAUAUGCCACUGAAGGCCAAAGUCGAUUCGCGCACCCCACGCUUACAGUCACCAUCCCAAGUUCUGCAGAUCCGCGGGUGUCGAGCGCGAGGCAGAGGGCGAAGGUCUGGGAUGUUGAAGAAGGCAAGCGGGGCUCGAAUGCAUCGCAGUAUGAUAAUGUGCCUGAAAAUGAAAACGGCACGUCUGUUGAAGAGGCACUAGAAAGGGCUUACUCUCAUAGCCCAAGGAAUGUUGUUUACGCUCACAGUCCAAGAAAGAAAGCUGAGCCAAGUUCUAGCCCCUCAAAAGUAUCAAACAAGUUUACUUUUAAAGUACUGCCUCCAAGUUAUGCAAAAUAUCCAGCUCAGUUCGAUGGGGAAGAUCGUGGGACAGUGCAUCCCCCAUCUUACAGCAAUCCCCCUAUUUACCAUGGAAAUUCUCCAAAGCACACCCCCACUGCUGGCAGCAGCUUCGUGUCUCCACAGGCUAGCCACCGGGCUCCGGUGAAUCCUUCCAGGAGGCCGUAUGGUUCCACUCCUGCCAUCGAUGUUUCUCCGGAGAAACCUCACAGCCGCCCAGUUCCUCUUGUCCUGCCGUCUAACCGAAUAGAAGUUCUUCCCAUUGAUAUUGGUGCUGGAGGAUAUUCAGGCAAUUCAGGGUCACCAAAGAAUGGCAAGUUCAUCAUUCCUCCAGUGGAUUAUUUGCCAGAUAACAGGAAGUGGUCGGAAGCCGGUUACACAUACAGAGCUGAACAGUCUUGGGGUCGUGAUGCGAACCGUAGCCACUUAAGCAAUUUAACAAAAUAUUCUGCCCUUCAACAUGUAUCCUUUCAGGACCAUAGCCUCCCCACAGUUUCUGUGGAUAGUCCAGUGCGGUAUAGAACUCCCCCAGCUUUAGAAGAUGCCAGUUCCUCUGGGUAUCAGUAUUCAGGGCCCUCAGGCCCAGUGUAUCACUACAGAAACCAGGAUGGACUUUCUGUUCAAGAAUCGGUAUUGCUGUGAGAUUUCAUCUGCACUUGAAAUGAAGACAAGAGAGUGGAAACCGUACGGAACCUACAUUGCUAUGUUUAUAAUUGCCAAAGCAGUAUUUGUACCACUGUAAACAACUCGCACAAUUCUAAUGUAUGUUAGUAAUGAGGGUGGACAGAAGUGUUUCCAACCCCACGUAGAUGCUGCUGAAGAUGAGCAUUUUAAAUUGCAUCAUCACUGAACCUGUUAAUUUACCAUGGAAACAUAGCAAUAGCAUUUAGGGAUGCACACAGAACAGUUAUUACUCAAUUUCAUUUAUAGCUUUCUCCAAAACCUAAACACUUUACUCCAUUAGCUCAUUUAUUUUGAGUAAUGUUACAAAGCACUGAAGAACUGUCUUGGAGAGUAGAUACUUUUAAGGCAAUAUGUAGUGUGUGUGUCUGUGAAUAGAUGUAGGCAUCUAUGCAUACAUAUUUGAACACAACUAGUGAAACGUUUAAAAAACUGCUUUAACUCUAGAUCCAUCAAAUAAUUUAUUCUUCUUUUCUUUAACUGGUCUUUUAGUCAGGUUUUUGCCCCUCAUAUUUUUAACCCAGAUUCUAAACUGACUUAAGGGUUUGCCUUGAGUUGAUUCAUUCAGAUCUCACAGAAUACUCAUUUUUCUCAUUCACUUGCUGCCAUUUUCUCUCAGUCUGAAAAUUAAAGAUAUUGGAGAGAAAGGCUAACCACUUAAUGAUGCUUAACCAUUGUGGCAGUUAAAAUAAGAUUAUGGCCAGAGAUGCAGCCCUGCUCUGGUCUGACUCGUGCAAAGCUAGAUGCAAGGGCGGUGCCGUGGCACAAUGCAGCUCCCCUGUGGGUGCCAGCAGGAGAGGGGGCACCUUACUCCUGGGCAGCAGAACAAACCCCGGGACUUGCCUUUGAAAGCAGGACUAACAAUAUGGUUACUUCUUCCUUCUGCCCCACAUUCCCUGCAGGCCUCGCUGCACAGGCUGGGUGCGCAUCCCCACGGUCUCCUCCCGGCGCUCUUCCUUGGAGAAGGUGGCCAAUGGCUACUGCUGCGCCCAGGCCAUUAGAUUUUCAGCCUAUAAAACUGUAAAAAACAAACAAAAAAGAUCUAAAUUAUUGAUAGAAAUCUAAGAUUUUGGUCUUUUUUUAAAAAAAUAGUGUGACUUUCGU